CUUCGAUCACUGCCUAGUCAUCAUGUAUGACUUGUCUUGUCUCAGUCAGACUUUCUGCAGGUCUUCCAACGGGAUCAUUGUAGGAUAUUCUUGUCUAUCACGCCACAAUAUAUCCAGCGCCGGAAGUCCGCUACAUCGUCAUCUGGUCUUGACAUCAUAAGUAGUCCGAACCACCUUAUUAAUACCUCCAUUGUCGCUCCAUCAUCGUCUCAUGUAUUGCACAAGUGGGAGAACCGAUUCAACGAGGAAACUAGCCUGACCACAUCACCACACAAAUAUUCAUCUCUAAGAUGACUCCCAGCCCAACCAUGUCGGCACUCGUAGUCCGCGAGGAUAGCCCUCAAUCUCUCCGUCUUGCCAAGGAACAGAUCCCCAUUCCGCAACCAGACAAGAUGCAGGUUCUGGUGAAAAUCAGCCACGCUGCACAGAACCCAACAGACGUCCAAUCGUUCGAUAACCGCGCGUUUGGCGAUGGCGCUGUCUUGGGUUGUGAUUUUGUCGGCGAAGUGGUCGAAGUCGGCAGCUCCGUGCGACGGUACGCAAAAGGCGAUAUCAUCGCCGGUUUGAUUUGGGGCGGCGAGACUCCGGGUCUAGGCGCCUACAGUGAGUACACCCUAGCCGACGAGAGUGUCUCGUACCCGGUGCCGGGGCGCAAUAUCUCGCGCGAGCAGGCGAGCACCGUGCCCCUGGCUGCCGCGACCGCGUGGCUGGCACUUUUUUCCAAGGACUGCCUGGGCAUUAAUCGCAACCAGCAGAAGGGUAGCAGUGUGUUGAUUUGGGGUGGGAGCUCAAGCGUCGGACUCUACGCCAUCCAGCUGGCCACCAUGUACGGAUUGGAGGUCGUCACGACUUGUAGCCCCAAGCACGCAGAAAUGGUGCGCUCGUACGGCGCCCGACACGUCUUCGACUACAAAGAUGAUCUGGUCGUCGAUAAGAUCAAGGAGGUGGCUCCCACACUCAGAUACGCCUUCGAUACCAUCGGCAAUGCAACAUCAUCGCCAACGGCCUCUCGUGCCUUCCAGGCGGAAACUGGGUCUCUGUGUACGGUGCGACCCGGCAAAGCGAAUACCGAGAAGGUGACAUCCGGGACUCGGGUGACGGAUGUGUUGGUGUGGACCUCCUUCCUCAAGGAUCACACAUAUGGCGAGUUCAAAUGGCCGGCUUCCAAGAGCGACCAUGAACUCUCGGCUGAAUUGUUCGACAAGCUUCCCUCCUGGUUGGAGAGAGGCACACUCAAGCCUAGCCAUCCCAGGUUGCGUCAAGGGUUGGACUCGGUGCCCGAAGGGUUCCAGGAGUAUCGUGAUGGAAAGAUCUCCGGCUACAAGAUUGUCUAUGCCUUGGACUAAGUCUGGUGUUUGGAGGUUGAGGCUGUUCCUUCGUCCUUAGUUGUCCGAUUAUAGAAACUUCAUGUCGGAUAAAUCGAUAACAG